AUGUCGGAGGUGAAGCCGGAAGAGACCACGACUGCCAAGCGCGUCUCUGACGAGGCCGCUGAGCAUUCUCCGGAUGCCAAGAAGCAGAAGAUUGAGGCCACUCCGGAGCAAGCCACAACUAAGGUUGAUGCUGUGACUGAAGACAGCACGGAAUCGAAGAAGGCGGAAGCCGUUGCCAAACCUGCUGCUAGUGCUGCGACUACGACAGAAGAUGCUAAGAUGGAAGACGCAACGAAAAAGCCAGAAGUAAGUGGCAAAGACGCACCACAAGGCGUUUUUGAAAUCAAAAAACAAGUAGAGUACUAUCUCAGCGACGCGAAUUUGGCCCGUGACGGAUUCUUCCACAAGGAAAUCUCGACGGCCCAAGACGGAUACUUACCGCUCGCGCUUGUUCUCAACUGCAAGCGAAUGCAGACUCUCGGAGUAAUAACUGACUUUGCAAGAAUAAAUGACUCCGCAUGAUCGUGUGUGGUCGAAAUAAUUUUUGUUGUCGGUUCCUCACAAUAAAAUAAUCACCUCGACAUUGAGAUUGACGCGUGUCAAAUGUUCAUUGUGUGCUGUCCCUUAUAAUUUCAGGUCAAGUCCGCUGAGGAAAUCGUGAAUGCUCUCAAGGGCAGCACAUCCGUCGAAUGCCAUGCCGACGGGCAAAGCAUUCGACGUGCGGGAAACCAGGCUCUCCCACAAUUGCAGGCUAGAGCUGAUAAGGGCAAGGGAAAGGGCGGCAAAGGCGGAAAAGGUGGCAAAGGCAAAAGUGGCGUGGACAGCAAUAGACCGGACGUCGACACUUCUAAGUUUCACUCCAGUAGUCAAUUCGACAAAGACACGCUUCGCGCUGGCGUCUUCCUUCGCAUCACCGGAUUCACAGAAGCAACCCCUUUUCAAGACAUCAAGCACAGCCUGCAGCAGCGCAUGAAGGCCCUUCAAGAGGAGUGCGCAACAUCGAAAGCCGUUAACCUCGCAGGAAUGAAAAACGUACUCCUCUACUUCACUUUCAUCUACUUUAUAAUUUUUAGAGCAGGAGGAGGCAGUAGUAGUUCGUUCUUGCGUUAUACUGUAAUUUUCUAGUAGUACCGCCGGGCGGGCAAAAAAUGAGUGUCAAUUCAUCGGGUUCAUCUUUUUUCGAUGCUAUAUUUGAUUAGAUAAAGGCACCCUUAUCUAUCCGUCGAUAGUUUCGGAAUACUGAUCUGGGCAACAUUCCACUCCGUAUCGUGCUCGUGCUAGUAUCUCUCUGUAUCGCAAGUAUACCGCUACCUUCAUCUUUAAAAUUUUCGGAUGAAACUACAAAGACACUUGGAGCACAUGAUCAUCUAUCAUAUGAUCAACCGCUUCGAAGAUUUAGAUCUAGAUGUAAAUGCAUAUAACAUAAAUACACGCUAAUAUUUACCUCUAGAUUAGGUACAAUCAUCAUCAUGAUUAUCAUCGUCGUCGCUUUAUAUUACAACAGAUAAAGCCGUUCGUGUUGUCCUGCACGCCGCACAUCCUCGAGAGUGCGAAAUCGCCGGGCUCCAAGGCUGCAGACGGCGAAGAGAGCGUCCGAUGCGUGUUUGCAUCCGUAACCAGCUUCCCAUGCGAUAUGGAGUAUUUCAAGAAGGAAUUUACGAGUUUCGAAGUUACACCGAAGAUGAAAAAGGCAGACGAUGCUGCCGAAAAAACCUCCGAAGAGACGAAAGAAGUUGGUACUUGUUGUAAGCAGUUAAUGAUUAUGAUCAUUUAUAUGAAGAUAUGAUGUCGGCGAUUCGUGGCGGCCAAAACUUUUAGUCGUCAUGUGCUUGUGCAUAAAAAUGAUAGCUGGAUCCCGAGCUUGAGAGCCUUUGGAUUGAAAUAAUUGCCAGUUCUAGGUUUGCGUUUGGUCUGUUGUAGUGCGCGUGCCGUGUGUAGACUUCCGCAGGACAAGAGUGUCUCGAAAAUAAAAGUUAAUUCCAACACUAACGAAAUCGAAACCCAAUCUAACCAGCAGUUUCUUUGAUGCGCUCUUCUAGCGGUUGGUAGAGUAGUAUGUAAGGUUACAGCUGUGCGGCCGUUCGCCGCUUCACACCCCGGCUGCUAUAUUAUCAUUUUCCGCAACUACCCAAAAAAUUACAGCACCGGUCACGGUAAAGGUAGAGUUGGUUCAUGACACUGGAGUCUUGAAGAAGAUUUUGGAUUUACACAACAGCGAGGCUGUUCAGAGACGCAAAAAGCAAGAUCAGCAGAACCGCAAGAAUGCCCCCAAAAUGAAGAUUAAGAUUUGCGACGGUCACGUCUUCGACAACAUGCAAAAACUCAAGAACCGUGUCCGCGAAAUCCAGUCGACCAGGGUACUUCUACUCUUUUUUGUCGAAGAAGAUUCUGUAUUAGGAAUAACCCACGCAGAUCUUUUAGUACGGUUGUACUGACCUACUAUGCUAGAAAGUUGUAGUGGUUGAAGUACUCGCAAAAAUAGAAGCAAGCUCGAUCAACGUCCAAGGGAAAAGAAUCGAUACAAUUACAAUUAACUACAGGAGGACGGCGAAGAGCUGAACCCGCAAGGUCAGGAUUUUGCCCUUAUCAAGGCUUUGUUGAAGUUUCACCCCCGAGGGGACGAAAAGACGAAGGACAUGAAGGGCAUUAAGGUCGAUGUCUCUGAGCAGGGAAACAACCGCUGCUUCUGGAUCAUCCGCGAGGGCGAGAACGCCAAACCCGAAGACUUCUCGAUGAUCAAGAUCUACGCUCAUUUGGAGAACAGCAGUGAUGCCCUCUUUGUCGCGGAUGCUUAGGCGGCUAGAGACAGAGAAGAGAAACGCCGGCACUACAACUACAGAAAAGAAAGAUGAAGAAUCAACAAAAGCUCAGGCUUCAGAAGAUAGACGCAACAACAGCUGGCGUACGACGACGAGACGUUGCAGCAAAUCAUCAUAACUCAGAAUUACACACAUACCGCACGACGACGAAAUAUUGCAUCAACUUCAACUUACACAUAGUCAGAGACGGCAUUCAAUCAAAUAUAAAGAACCUGUAUAACACUUCGCAUAGUUUUUUAUAUUACAACCAUCUACUCCUUGAUUGUUGUUGUAUUCAUUUCUACGUACGGCUCAUGCAAUUAUAACGAUAUAACGGAAGAUUAUUGGCAAUAUUUCUAUCUAUGGUCGUAGAUCUAUGUGCGCCACCGUCUUUCCACGCAAUAUUUCACUUUGCUGAAUAAACGAUUAAAACAGACGCCUAAAACGCUCUCUCACUAGAUAAUGAAAAACUUCACGAACAAUGAAGAAGGCGCCUACUUGUUGUGAUAAAAAAUGAGAACGGCCGUCGUGUUCUUCUU